AUGAUAACAGCCUUCGUCACCGGCAACGCGGGUAAAUUGCGCGAGGUUCGCCAGAUCUUGGGCGCGGCGAACAUCGAGGUCGACUCGCAGGAACUCGAUAUUCCCGAAAUACAGGGCUCUACGCGUGAGGUCGCCAUCGCCAAGUGCCGCCGCGCUGCCGAGCUGCUCGGCCGUCCUUGCAUUACCGAAGACACUGCGCUCUGCUUCAAGGCUCUGAACGGUCUUCCCGGGCCGUAUAUCAAGUAUUUCCUCAAGGAACUUGGUCACGACGGCCUGAACAAUCUGCUUGUCGGGUUCGAUACCAAGGAAGCCUGGGCACUAUGCACGUUCGCGUACAGCGCUGGACCGGGCCACGAACCGAUCUUGUUCGAGGGACGCACCGACGGCAAGAUCGUCCCCGCGCGUGGGCCUAGCUACUUUGGAUGGGAUCCUUGCUUCGAGCCCGACGGCUUCGGACUGACAUACGCGGAAAUGGCCUCCGAACAGAAAAACAAGAUAUCUCAUCGGGGGCGUGCACUGGAAAAGCUCGAGCAAUAUCUCCGUACCCUUCCCGCCCAAUGA